UUUCUCCUCCCCUCCUUUAUCCUUUGCUCCUACUUUUUUCCUCUCCUUCCUUUAUUUGUCUUCUAAAAAGUGGCCGAGGACAAACUGCCCAGAAUGGGUGUUAAAGGGCGGUUGGCCUUCUAGAGGGGAGGCCAAAGAGUGCCCAAUUUGGAGUGGAAAGGAAAGUAGAGAGAGAGAGGGAGGGAGUGGGUGUUUUGAGUGUUAAGAAGCUGGGAGUUGUGAUUGGGGGAGAAUGAGGGAAGUGGGGAGGAAACAGGGGACGGUGUCGCCGUGCGCCGCGUGCAAGCUGCUGCGGCGGCGGUGCGCGCAGGACUGCAUCUUUGCGCCCUACUUCCCGGCCGACGAGCCGCAGAAAUUUGCCAACGUGCACAAGGUCUUUGGAGCUAGCAAUGUCAGCAAGCUCUUGCAGGAGCUGCCGGCGCACCACCGGGGCGACGCCGUGAGCAGCCUGGUGUACGAAGCGAACGCCCGGGUGCGGGACCCGGUCUACGGCUGCGUCGGCGCCAUCUCCUCCCUCCAGCGCCAGAUCGAGUCGCUCCAGACGCAGCUGGCCGUCGUCCAGGCCGAGAUGGUGCGGCUCCGGAUGCGCCACGCCGCCUGCCUCGCCCACCUCGGAUCCCGGGCUCCCACCGCCCUGGGGGCCGCGAGCGCCAGCACCACCGGCUCCUCGUCCAUGCCGUCGCCCAAGCAGCUGCAAGUGAUCGCGCCCGAGCAGCAUGCAGCCAGGUCCGUCUUCGCCCUCGACAUGGUCGUCGUCGACCAGACCAGCUUGGGCGAGCCACCAAUGUGGUCUUGCUAGCCUCACUAACUCCUCUCUUUCUUUCUUUUUUCCUUUUUUCCUCUACUUGGAGGCUAUCUAAUUAAGCUAGACUACCAGCGUAAAUAUGCAAGUGUUUUGUGCCCAGCUAGAGGCACAUAUUUUUGUAUAUUCUAUCUUAUCAUGAAGCCAUAUAUAAGUCUUCAUAUAUAAGUAUAUAUAUAUAUACACAUAUAUAUGUAUGAUGUUAUGGACCUUGUAGAUUAUGGUUCUGUAUUGUUCAACAGGUAUCAUGAUAUUUCUGCUAGAAA